AUGCCGAAGAACAAGGGAAAGGGAGGAAAGAACCGGAAGAGAGGAAAGAAUGAAGCUGAUGAUGAAAAGCGUGAACUUGUUUUCAAGGAAGAUGGGCAGGAGUAUGCCCAAGUACUUCGCAUGCUCGGUAAUGGCCGAUGUGAAGCAAUGUGUAUCGAUGGGACGAAGCGCCUUUGCCACAUAAGAGGGAAGAUGCACAAGAAGGUUUGGAUCGCAGCAGGUGAUAUCAUUCUCGUGGGGCUUCGCGAUUACCAAGAUGACAAGGCUGAUGUGAUACUGAAGUACAUGCCUGAUGAGGCCAGGCUCCUUAAGGCAUACGGAGAGCUUCCUGAGAACACCCGUCUCAAUGAGGGUAUUGCUGGUGGCCUUGAUGAGGAGGAUGAAGGCCCUGGUGAUGAUUACAUUGAAUUCGAGGACGAAGACAUUGAUAAGAUCUAAACUUGGUUUGAUAAACACCUCUAUUCAGUUAUCCCGAAUGUUUCUCACCAUUGAGUCAUGUUUGCUUAUGGUGAAUUACACAGUAUUUGGUAUUCAUGUAAUAAAGUUGGAUCUGGUUGUGAACCCUCAUGUAAUCUCCAUUUUAUUCAGCGUAAGCACCUGUAUUUGCCCUGUC